AUGCCUUUCAAGGACACAGUCUUCUACCCUCGCAUCUUAAAGAAGGGUCCCUUCACCGUCGAGGCUGCUGGCUACGAGCCGGUGGAGGGAGAGACCAUCCCGCGACGACACCCCUCGGCCAAAGACGAGCUGCUCAAGUCCCCCCAUCCAGACAUCGCUACCACCUACGACAACCUCAGAUGGAGCGCAAAGACGUACGGAAACUCGAAGGCGGUCGGUUCGCGCAAACUGAUCAAAACUCACGUUGAGAAUAAGAAGGUCAAGAGACUCGUCGACGGGGUCGAGCAGGAGGUGGACAAGGAAUGGACCUAUUUCGAGCUCAGUGGCUAUAACUAUCUGACCUUCGCUGAGUACGAGCAGCAGGCUCUGCAGCUAGGUGCCGGCCUAAGGAAGCUCGGCCAUGAGAAAGGCAGCAGACUGCAUCUCUUCAGCUCUACAAGCGCGCACUGGCUAUGUCUCUCGCAUGGUGCCGCAUCCCAAUCCGUCACUAUCGUGACUGCCUACGACUCCCUGGGCGAAGAUGGUGUUCGACACUCGCUCCAGCAGACCCAUAGCGAGUCCAUCUUCCUAGAUCCUACCCUCCUACCAGUGCUCCAGAAGGUUCUCAAGGAUGUAAAAGAUGUCAAGAACAUCAUCUACGAUAACAGUUCGGAGCCGAAGCAGGAGCAUAUCGAUGCGCUCAAGUCGGAAUUCGACUAUAUCAACAUUAUGACCUACGAGGACCUCCGCAAAUUGGGUGAAGAGAACCCCGUCGAUCCUGUACCCCCAUCUAGUGAGGAUCUCUGCUGCAUCAUGUAUACCUCUGGAUCGACGGGACCACCAAAGGGUGUUCCUCUCACGCACGGGAACGUCGUAGGAGCAAUGGCCGGUGCUGAUUCGAUUGUCGGCCAAUACCUUGGUCCCAACGACAUCCUCCUCACCUACCUCCCUCAAGCCCACAUUCUGGAGUUCGUGUUCGAGAACUUGUGCUUGUUCUGGGGUGGCACCAUGGGCUACGGAAGCCCAAAGACCCUCUCUGACACCUCAGUUAGGAACUGCAAGGGUGACAUUCGUGAGCUGCAGCCGACCAUCCUCGUUGGUGUGCCCAUGGUCUGGGAAUCCGUCAAGAAGGGCAUUAUCGGGAACGUCAACAAGAACAGCGCAAUCGUCAAGAGCAUUUUCUGGGCCGGACUGGCAGCCAAGGAGUUCCUUAUGUCCACCGGCCUCCCUGGCGCCGGCGUACUAGACUCGUUCGUCUUCAAGAAGAUCAAGGAUGCCACCGGUGGCCGUCUGCGCCUCACUCUCAGUGGUGGCGGUCCAGUCUCUAAGGAAACACAGCGGUUCCUCUCCAUGACCGUCUGCCCCAUGAUCAACGGCUACGGUCUGACCGAAACCUCCGCUAUGGGUGGUCUGAACGAUCCCCUUGCCUGGACAAAUGACGCAAUCGGCGAGAUCCCCGCUGCCGUCGAGAUGAAGCUAGUCGACUUCGCUGAUGCCGGCUACUUUACCAAGAACAACCCACCUCAGGGAGAAAUCUGGAUCCGAGGCGUGAGUGUUGCUAAGAGUUACUUUGACAACGAGGAGGAGACCAAGGCAGCUUUCUCCCCUGAUGGCUGGUUCAUGACGGGAGAUAUCGGCCAGUUCGAGCCAAACGGUCAUAUCAAGGUCAUUGACCGCAAGAAGAACCUCGUCAAGUCUCUCAACGGAGAAUAUAUCGCCCUGGAGAAGCUUGAGUCGGUCUAUCGCUCUGUUCCUGUCGUGGCUAACAUCUGCGUGUACGCUGCCACCGACCAGGCUAAACCUGUUGCCAUCAUCGUGCCAGCCGAGCCAGCUCUGAUCCAGCUUGCAAAGUCCAAUGGAAUCAAUGGAGAUAGCAUCGGCACUCUCGUCCACGACAAGAAGCUCAACUCCAUCGUCUUGAAGGAGAUGCAGAAUGCUGGUAAGGCCGCCGGCCUUCGUGGAUUCGAGAUCAUCGAAGGUGUUGUCCUCUCCGACGAGGAAUGGACCCCUCAGAAUGGCUUCGUGACCGCAGCACAGAAACUACAGCGCAAGAAACUGGUCGCCAAAUACCAGAAGGAUAUCGAUCGCGCCUACGGAAAGUCUUCGUAG